GAGCAGGCCGCGCUGCGCAAGUUUCUCUUCCAGGCGGAGCCCGUGCAGGCGCAGGUGAAGUCGUGGAGCGAGAGGAUCAAGAAACGGGAUGAGCAGCUCGAGAAGGCGCGGCGUGAGCUCGAGGAGACGGUGCCCGGGCAGGCCGAGGGGUCGGUGCGCGAGCGGGGGGCGGAGGCCUCAGCUCGGGCGCAGGAGGCUGCUGCCACUGGUGCGGCUGGGUCCCCGAGUGCUGCCAGAUCGAGCGCAGGCCCCAAGCCCGAGAUCGAGGCCAAGGACAUCGCGGCAGGCGACGACGACAUGGGCGCCGGGGAGCUCCCCGUGGCGAAGCAGCUGCGCGUGCUCAGCCA